AUGAAGACCGGAGUGAAGAAUCCCGACAGAAACAAACAGCCGCCUGUCAACGGACGACUGAAAACUACAAUUCCCAUAAUGCUCCUAUGUGGUGUGGAGCGGGGAGUCCUCGGUACUGGCACGAGUUCGUCAAUCACCGAGGUUUCUGUUCUUCCUUUUUUCACGACUGCAGAUCAGCAGCGCUUCGAGGGACGCGUGUUCACCGUGGACCCCGUUUCCGCCAGUGUGGUGCUGCUGAGCGUCCAGGAGAGCGAGCGUCCGUCGGUGAGGGUGAUUCUGGGUCACGCGGUGACCGAUGUCCAGAUCCUCAGGAGAGGAACGGAGGAAACGGAGCGUCAGAUGAAGAGCGUCCUCCUGCCGGACCGAGCUCAGAGUCUCAGUGCGGAGGAACUGAAGUCUCGGAGGGAGAGUGUGCGUCUGUGGCUGGAGCAGAACCGGGUCCCGGUGACUGAAGACGGGGAGGUUCUGCGUGUGGCGAACGCUCUGACCAUCAGCGCCCCCUACAGGCCUGCAGACUGCAGCAGCGCCAACGAGAUCAUCCUGUCUCGCGUCCAGAGUCUCGUGGAGAGCAGGCCCGGAGCAGAGGCACCUCCGUGAGUCUUCCUUCAGCCCGACGAGGAGACUCUCCAGAAUGAGCUUGCUCCCCUGCUCUGGAUCAGACGUCGCUUCUGUGUUAGUGUCUGUGAUGUCUACAAGCUCUCGAUUCAUGUAACAUUCUGAGUCGCUGGAUGUUUGUGUGUUUCAAAUGUUAUAAUAAAUGUUUCCUGAUUCAUAAA